GCGGUCAAAACUUCCAAUUCCAAUACUCCAAAAAAUCAGAUAGCCAAUAGAUAUCGUUUACUUCCCACCGCAUUCUUCGACUUUCGGUCUCUGGUGUAUAUCUUCCGAAGGACCUCCACAGAGUCCGGUUUGUCGUGUCCUUCCAGCACGGCCUUCAUCUCUCUGCUCACCAUUUCCUCCCACCAUACCUCCGGCAUAUUCUCUGGAGACCGGGCUUUCGUUUCCUGCCAUCUGAUAUUGUGUUGGCGGGGAGAUCUCCUUCUCAGGAAAUAGAUACCUUGGCAAGGGACGACCGAUCGAGUUCCUCUGAUGAUAACCAAUUAUGAUCGAGUUCCUCUGCUCUGAGAAAAAAGAGACCGAGGUUUUCGAGGAUCGUUAAGGUUUUGUAAAUCAGAGCCUUUGUUGUUUUUUGUUCUGAAGCCAAUAAAAUAUUCAGAUCAAGAAAAUUGCUGAACCAGAAGAGUCCACCCAAGAAUCAAGCCCGUUCCUUUUCUUGGAAAGCCACCCUUUUCCGUUGAACAAAACACCAAAAUCGCAACCCAUUGGAUAAAAAUCUCAGCCUUUCCUAUCAAUUUCUUGAACCAAUUUUUCUCUGAUGAUAAUCAAUUAUGUCUAGCCAACUCAUCCCUCGCCCGCAGUCGUCAAACCGCCUCCAACCGCUCCUAACAACGCAAGCCUCAUCGGGGGGGUCCCGUCUCGCCGAGGUAGCGGGCGGUACCACCGCUGAGUGCGCUGCCGUGUGCUGCUGCUGCCCAUGCGGGCUCGUGAACCUUCUGUACCUGGCCAUCUACAAGUUCCCGGUCGGGCUGUGCCGCACGAUGAGGAAGAAACGCCGGCAGCAUCUGGUAAAGAAGGGCCUGCUGCCACCUCGGAGACGCCGGUGCUCGUGCGGGGUCGACGAUACCGGGAAACAGAUUCACCCGGUGGUGGCCGUUGACGGAAUAAUGUCGGAGAUGAAGUCGGCGCAGACGGAGGAAUCGGAGAGGGAGGUUAUGAAGCUUGAGAAGGAAAUGUGGGAGAAGUUUUACAGUACUGGGUUUUGGAGAAGUCCAUCCCAGAGGGAGUCCCCUUAACGGUAAAAAAUCAACUGUAAAUCAAAGAAUAUAUAUGUUUUUUGGUAAGUAAAGUCCUUCCCAAGAAAUUCAUUGGCCCCUCUCGGUGUUGUUCCCUUCCUUCCCAAGAAAAUUUCCAAAGAAAGUGCAUUCUCUUAUAUCUUUUCCCUUUCGGGUUAUUCGUUUCUUGUGCCCGAUCACUUGAUGGAGUUUGUCAAGGAAAACGAGGGUUAUAUUUUCUUUAUUGCUAUGCGUUUUUGGGUUGGUGUGGAAAAUUGAACAUGGGGUUGUAUUGCUUUCUUGCCUUCUACUUGAUUUUGGGGGAUUUUGUAAAUAGAAAGGAUUAAGGAUGUUUUGGAUUUCAAAGAAAAUAAGCUUUUUUUGUUAGAGAAUGCA